ACCACCGCCACUGCUACUAAUGCUGCUGAUUUCCCUGGUGGUGGUCGUGCGUCGUCAAACCUCUGCUGUUUGUUUAUUUAAAGUGAGACUUCUGGACCACGGCAUGGAGGCAGUGGCUCUGUUUUCCUACACAGCAUCAGAGGUGGGGGAGAUCAGCCUGAAGAAAGGAGAUGUCAUUAAGGUGUUAGACAUGGAGGACGACCCCCAUUGGUUCACAGCAGAGAUCCAGGGGAAGCGUGGUUAUGUGCCAGAAAACUACAUCUCCCUCCUGCCCCACACGUGGUUCGCAGGCCGGGUGACAAGACAGGACACAGAGCAGCGUCUGCGCUGGCAGCCUCAAGGGGCCUUCCUGGUCAGGGAGAGCGAGAGUGCCCCGGGAGAGUUCUCUCUCUCCGUGAGCUACGGUGACAUGGUGGAACACUUCAGAGUUCUGGAAGGCGCGGGCCAGUACUGCAUAUGGGAGGAGUCCUUCUGUUCCCUCAACCGGUUGGUGGACUACUACAGGAGUCACAGCAUCGCCGUAGAGAGGGCGGUGUACCUUCGAGACCUCCAGUCCAAUGCACCCCAGCCACUGCCCGAGUCCUCCCGUAACCCCUACCCCAACCCUUAUAAGAACAGCCCCCACAGGCUGCACUCACGGGCCUCACCCCCCGAGAGGGAAGCCUCCUCGCGACCGUCGGAACCAGCUCUGGGGAUGCCGCAGAUGGCUCAAGCCCUGUAUGACUACAAGCCCCCCCACGCUGCCCACCUCCACUUCCUGCGGGGUGACAUCAUCGACCUGCUGGACUGCUCUGGGCUGGCCCACUGGACAGGAAGGUGUCAUGGAAGAGUUGGUUUAUUCCCCCCAGGAUACGUCCAACCUCUACACCACUAAGUCAUAUGUGUAUAAAUAUAUAAAUGCUUUAGUUGCAUAUGCUUAACCAUGUGUCCCAUGAUACAUAUAUAAAUAUCCAUAUAUUUUAUACGAAGACACUUAGGAAUACCUCUUGUUGACAUAAGACACACCUGCUAAUUAUGCAUAGACUGAUGAUUCAUUCUUAAAUCUGUAUUGGAACAGCAAGCCCAAAGACAUCGUUUCUUUAGAGAAAUAUGGAGCAAGAAAUAUUUCCUGUUUACAGGGUCAUGGGUGGUGUGGGAGUUCAGGGUGAAAUCCUGAUCCAAUUAUAGAUCCCGUGUCUUGUACUGCCUGUGCUCAGUAAGGCUAUCCACCCUCCUUAAGCCCUAAAAAAUUGGCUAAUCUGCUUUUUAUGUGCAAAUUGAAUGAGAAAUUGUUUAUAGACCUCUGGUGCUGCGACAAUUCAAUUUAUUGAGGUAUUUCAAGAAUAUAUACACAAAAAAAAAACCACGUUAGCCAUACAAACAUAUACUUUAUGAAUAAUAUAAAAAAAUCGGAUUACAAUUAUUAAUCUUCUUAACGAGACCUGAAAUCAUUGCUAUCAAAAACAUCGACCUACUUAUUAUCAUCAGAAAGUGAGUAUAUGCCAUUCAAUACACCAACAAGACUUUUAUUUUCAUAAAUAGGACACUGUGUGGAGGGAAUUGUGACUAAUAGGUCGCCAUGUCCUCUUAGUUGCUUGCAGCUAUCUGCACGUACAAAAAUAGCAUGCCAUAAUUCUUAACAAAAUCUCAAAUGUGUAUCUUGUAGUUGCAUGGCCCAAAGUUUUGUAUAUUAAGUAACUUUAUAUCGUUUUUAAGGUUUAAAGUGGUUUUGGAAAAUAUUUACCUGGAGUUCUUAUAAUUGAUAAAUUGUUAUAGGCUACCUAAUGUACAAACAGCUUCCUUUGUGGAUUUCCUUUGCUAUAAAUGAACAGAGAAUCCAAUAAAAAAUGUCAAAAUGAUACGCCUUCUUUCAUUCAAAAGCAGAUUCAAAUAUAUUCAUACACCAUCUCUUAAGUUCAAUCAACUCUAAGGAGAAAGCAUGGAUGAGAUGGUGGCAUGGAUGUGAAUGAGUGAGUUGAUAAGGUUUUAGAUCAACUGAGGCAUAAAUUCUGGUGAAUUAGGCAAAGUAUGCAAACAGAAAGAUGUUGAUGCUGACCAGAAGGAGAGCAUUGGCAUUGCAAAACCUGGACCAAAACACAGUCUCCCGCACGCUCGGGACUCU